UUCUGGCAGGAAGAUGGUGCCUCUGCCCCUCAAGUGGCCACUUGCAAGCAUGUCAAUUCUAUUUUCCUCACUAUUGACCCUCUUAGCUGUGUUAACUCCUUCUCUGUGUCACAGUAGUGACACUACAUCUCCAAAAGCUAGUGACGGAUCUCCAUUUCCAUGGAACAAAAUGAGACUUCCGGAGUAUGUCAUCCCAGUUCAUUAUAAUCUCAUGAUCCACGCAAACCUCAGCACAUUGACCUUCUGGGGCACCACGGAAAUAGAAGUCACAGCCAGCCAGCCCACCAGUGCCAUUAUCCUGCAUAGUCACAACCUGCAGAUCUCCAAGGCCACCCUCAGGAAAGGAGCAGGACAGGGGCCAGCUGAAGAACCACUGAGGGUCCUGGAAUAUCUCCCGCAUGAACAAGUCGCUCUCUUAGCUCUGGAGCCCCUUCGUGCUGGGCUCCCAUACACAGUUGUCAUUGACUACGCUGGCAAUCUGUCUGAGACUUUCCAUGGAUUCUACAAAAGCACCUACAGAACCAAGCAGGGGGAAGUAAGGGUACUUGCAUCCACACAGUUUGAACCAGUGGCAGCCAGAAUGGCCUUUCCCUGCUUUGAUGAACCAGCCUUCAAAGCGAGUUUCUCCAUCAAAAUCAGAAGGGAGCCGAGGCACGUGGCCAUCUCCAACAUGCCAUUGGUGAAAUCUGUGAUUAUUGCCGAUGGACUCGUAGAAGACCAUUUUGACGUCACUGUGAAGAUGAGCACCUACCUGGUGGCCUUCAUUAUUUCAGAUUUUGAGUCUGUCAGCAAGAUGACCAAGAGUGGAGUCAAGGUCUCUGUGUAUGCUGUGCCAGAUAAGAUAAACCAAGCAGACUAUGCCCUGGAUGCUGCUGUGACUCUUCUAGAAUUUUAUGAAGAUUAUUUCAGUAUACCAUAUCCUUUACCCAAACAAGACCUUGCUGCUAUUCCUGACUUUCAGUCUGGUGCCAUGGAAAACUGGGGCCUGACGACAUAUAGAGAGUCCGUUCUGUUGUUUGAUGCCGAAAAGUCUUCUGCAUCCAGUAAGCUCAGCAUCACAAUGACUGUGUCCCACGAACUUGCUCACCAGUGGUUUGGGAACUUGGUCACUAUGGAGUGGUGGAAUGAUCUUUGGCUAAAUGAAGGAUUUGCCAAGUUUAUGGAGUUCGUGUCCGUCAGUGUGACCCAUCCUGAACUGAAAGUUGAAGACUAUUUCUUUGGCAAGUGUUUUAGUGCAAUGGAGGUCGAUGCGUUAAAUUCCUCACACCCUGUGUCCACACCUGUGGAGAAUCCUGCUCAGAUUCGGGAAAUGUUUGAUGACGUUUCUUAUGAAAAGGGUGCUUGUAUUCUGAACAUGCUGAGGGAGUAUCUCAGUGCCAGUGUGUUUAAAAGUGGAAUUGUGCAGUAUCUCCAAAAGUAUGCCUAUAAAAAUACAAAAAACGAGGACCUGUGGAAUACGAUGGCCAGUAUUUGCCCAGGAGGAGAUGGUACACAAACCACGGACAGCUUUUGUUCCCAAAGCCAGCAUUCAUCUUUCUCCUCCCACUGGCGUCAGGAAGGUGUGGAUGUGAAGGCCAUGAUGAACACCUGGACGUUGCAGAAGGGCUUUCCCCUGAUAACCAUCACAGUGAGAGGGAGGAACGUGCACAUGAAGCAGGAAUACUACCUCAAGGGGUCUGACAGUGCCCCAGAAACCGGGUACUUAUGGCAUGUUCCAUUGACAUUCAUUACCAGCAACUCAGACUCAGUCCAGAGAUUUUUGCUGAAGACAAAGACAGAUGUGCUCAUCCUCCCAGAAGCAGUGGAGUGGAUCAAAUUUAAUAUGGGACUGAAUGGCUAUUACAUUGUGCAUUACGAAGAUGAUGGAUGGGAUUCUUUGAGUGGCCUCUUGAAAAAGACACACACAGUGAUCAGUAGUAACGAUCGAGCAAGUCUCAUUAACAAUGCAUUUCAGCUUGUCAGCAUUGGAAAGUUCUCAAUUGAAAAAGCCUUGGAUUUAACCCUGUACUUGAAACAUGAAGCUGAAAUUCUGCCUGUGUUCCAAGGAUUGAAUGAGCUGAUCCCUAUAUAUAAGUUAAUGGAGAAAAGAGAUAUGACUGAAGUGGAAACUCAAUUCAAGGCCUUCCUCAUCCAGCUACUGCGGGACCUCAUUGAUAGGCAGACCUGGAUGGACGAGGGCUCAGUCUCCGAGCAGAUGCUUCGGAGCCGGCUCCUCCUGCUGGCCUGUGUGCUCAAGUAUCAGCCCUGUGUGCAGAGGGCAGAAGGCUAUUUCAGGAAGUGGAAGGAAUCCGAUGGAAACAUGAGCCUGCCUGUUGAUGUGACCCUGGCAGUGUUUGCUGUGGGGGCACAGAACACUGACGGAUGGAAUUUUCUUUUUAAUAAAUAUCAGUCUUCUUUAUCCAGUACCGAGAAAAGCCAAAUUGAAUAUGCCCUUUGUGUAAGCCAAAAUAAGGAAAAGCUUCAGUGGUUGCUAGAUCAAAGUUUUAAGGGAGACAUAAUAAAAACUCAAGAGUUUCCAUAUAUUCUUACACUCAUUGGCAGAAACCCAGUGGGAUAUCCAUUGGCCUGGCAGUUUCUGAGGAAAAAUUGGAACAAACUUGUACAAAAGUUUGAACUUGGAUCACCUUCCAUAGCUCACAUGGUCAUGGGAACAACAAAUCAAUUCUCUACCAGAACAAAACUUGCAGAGGUAAAAGGAUUCUUCCACUCUUUGAAAGAAAGUGGCUCUCAGCUCCGUUGUGUCCAACAAACUAUUGAAACCAUCGAGGAAAACAUACGUUGGAUGGAUAAAAAUUUUGACAAAAUCAGAGUGUGGCUGCAACAUGAAAAGCCUGAACUGCUGUCCAGAUGCUGAUCUGUGGAGCCCAAGCCAUCGGGUGUCCUUGCCCUCUGGAUAUUGGUCAAGGGGGAGCCCCAGGAGUCUGCCCCUUCUGGAAAAGCAGAGAGCAUUUAUGCUCAUAGGAAACACCUUUCAUUUAAAGUUGUACUGGAGAGCUGUUUAGAGAGAUGAUGUUUUUCUCUCUUGGCUCAUCUGGCCAAUUUUUAAUUUCCUUAAGACUUCAUAAUU